UGUCAUACCACACCAUAUUGUCAUCAUCGCAGACAUCGCAUUUUGUGUGUUUUGUGUGAAAUGAAAUACAUAGUAGUGAAAUUGCUUGAAUAUAACUGUUGUUUUAUAUGAAUAAUCUUAUUUAAGGAUCUGUACUCUUCACUUUGGAUCAACAUGUGGACCACAAAAACAUUUUUAACUAAAACAAAACGCGGCAACAUUCUGAAGAUUGUGAGGGAGCAUUAUUUGCGAGACGAUUUACUCUGCGGGUCUGAGGCAUGCGUGAUUUGUCCGCACAAGGACGAUGAAAUAGUGUUGGAGUCGACACCGAAAUCAAUUUGUGCGCUUUUCGAAGAGCCACAUUACUUGGUCCUGGAUACCAACGUGGUCCUGCACCAGAUCGACGUACUGGAGGAAGACGCGCUAACGAACGUGAUCGUAUUGCAAACAGUACUGGAUGAAGUGAAACAUCAGAACACGGCCAUAUUUCAAAGAUUGCUUGAGAUUAUAGGCAACAAGAAAAGGAAGUUUUACUCAUUUGUAAAUGAGCAUCAUAAAGACACAUAUGUAGAACGAAAUCCAGGCGAGAAGCAAAAUGACAGGAAUGACAGAGCUAUCCGUAAAGCAGUCUCGUGGUACGCCUCUCACCUGUCAACUAACAACACUGCUGGCUCAUUCCCGGAGGUGGUUCUCCUUACUGACGAUGAGAACAACAGGAAGUUGGCCCAGGAGGAAGGGAUUAAAUGCUGUUCUGUCAAAGACUACAUUGAAAAUGUCAAUGGUUUCCCCGGAUUGGUGGACAAAUUGUCCAAGAAUGUGAUACCAGAAAGCUGCGCUAAGGAUGCCUUGUAUCCUGCUCACUUGACGUUGGGCCAGAUCCGCACUGACGUCAAACACGGGAAACUGUACCAGGGUACUUUUCAUGCUUCAAGAGAUAAUUUCUUAGAGGGUACUGCAUCUGUCAGUGGAUUUGAUAAACCGAUUCUUCUCCAAGGCCACAUAGGCAUCAACAGGGCAGUAGACGGUGACUUGGUCGCCGUAGAAGUGUUCCCUAAAGAGGAAUGGCGGAAACCAAGCGACAUCGUUCUUGAGGACAAGGCAGAUGACCCAGGAGACCUGUUAGAAGAAGAGGCUGUGCUAUUGAAGAACGCCAAGCCGACGAGCGAUGAUGAGAUCACACCCACGGGCAAAGUUGUGGGCAUCAUCCGGAGAAAGUGGAGACAGUACUGUGGAAUACUGAUGCCUAGUAAAUUCCCAGGUGCUACACGUCAUCUUUUCACGCCGGCGGAGCGUCGCAUCCCGCGCGUACGGAUCGAGACGCGGCAGAGCGACGUACUAGCCUCGCAGCGAAUUCUGGUUGCGCUGGACUCCUGGCCAAGGAACAGCCGCUACCCGCUAGGACACUUCGUGCGAGCACUUGGGCCUAUAGGGGACAAGGACGCUGAGAACGAAGUACUUCUCCUAGAGCAUGACGUACCUCACGCGCGAUUCAGUGAAGCUGUCCUUGCGUGUCUACCGCCUACUGACUGGACCAUCACGGACGAGGAAGUGAAGAAGCGUGUAGACCUCCGCGGCAUCACGAUCUGCUCCGUAGACCCGCCCGGCUGUACGGAUAUCGACGACGCUUUACACGCGCGAUCCAUUCCCGGUCUGACUCAUGAAUUAUUUGAACGGCAGGUUGGUGUCCACAUUGCUGACGUGACUCACUUCGUGAGACCGAACACGGCGCUGGACAAGGAGGCAGCACUCAGAUCUACCACGGUGUACUUGGUCGAUAAGAGAAUCGACAUGGUCCCAGAUCUGCUAAGUUCUAACUUGUGCUCUCUACGCGGCGGCGAAGAGCGAUUGGCUUUCUCCUGCGUCUGGGAGAUCGACGAGAAUGCCAACAUCCUCUCUACCAAGUUCCACAAGAGUGUCAUCAAGUCGGCAGCCGCGAUGACGUACGAGGAGGCACAGCUGACGAUCGACGACGCGAACCGACACGACGCCGUGGCGACGUCGUUACGGAUACUGAACGCGCUCGCCAAGAAACUCAAGAAGAAGAGGAUGGACAACGGCGCGCUCUUGCUCGCCUCGCCUGAGAUACGCUUCCAGGUGGACUCAGAAACGCACGACCCAAUAGAAGUGCAAGCGAAGAAGAUAGUGGACACAAACUCCAUGGUGGAAGAGUUCAUGUUGCUAGCCAACGUGAGCGUUGCAGAGAAGUUGGCCGCUGAGUUCCCACAGUGUGCACUGUUGCGGCGGCAUCCUUCGCCGCCACCGGGCAAUUUCACAUCGUUCCUGAAGGCUGCGAGGCAACAGGGCUUCGAAAUCGACGUAGCAACGAACAAAUCCUUCUCAGCUUCACUCGACGCAGCGCGCAUCCCGGACCGUCCGUUCUUCAAUACUUUACUCCGAAUCAUGGCGACCCGGUGCAUGCAGCAAGCAGUCUACUUCUCUAGUGGGUCUCUGGCGCAAGAGGAGUUCUACCACUACGGUCUGGCGUGUCCGAUUUAUACGCACUUCACGUCGCCUAUACGAAGAUACGCCGACGUCAUAGUCCACCGUCUACUAGCCGCGUGUAUAGGCGCCGAUGUCACCCACGCCACUCUCCUCGAUACGAAAGAAGCGGGCGCCAUUUGUGACAACCUCAACUACAGGCACAGACAAGCCCAGUACGCAGGUCGAGCGUCCGUAGCGCUUAAUACACAUAUCCUGUUCAAGAACCGCGUGGAGACAGAAUCGGCGGUGGUCCUCGCUGUGAAGAGGAACGCGAUACAAGUGCUCAUCCCCAAAUACGGGCUAGAGGGGCCCAUCUACCUUCCUGAGGACAAGUUCACCUACAAUGAGGAGGAGAACAUCCAAAUCUGUGGAGGAACAACCCUGAAGACAUUCGACGAGCUAACAGUCCGCCUGAGCCUGGACAGCACCAACCCUCAGCACAGGAAGCUAGCCUUCCAGCUGGUACAGCCCCACAUCCCAGGCAUGGAUUAUUUAUAUGUAUAG